AUGUUCACAACUCUGGGUUUGUUCAAUGGGGUUCCCUGUCCUCAGGUCAAUCAAUGCUGCCUCAUCACUUGCAUUUUCUCGCACACCGCACAGACAAGCACUCUGCCUAUAGUUGUGAAACGAGCUUCUAGCUCAGUUGACGAUGAGCGUACCACUAAAAGGCUAAAGGUCGACAGCGCCACCUCAUCGUCAGGCUCAAAGUCAAUAUCAUCUAUCCAUGUGCCUGUUCGAGAGCACUCAAGACACCCACCAGUGGCUGUAACUGAAGCAGACCAGAAAUCUCAAAGCGUCAAGCCAGAUAUUUCCAGACUAUCAUCGGUUUCUCGGAAAGUCUCUCCUCCGCCAGGGCGCACAGCUUCUAAAACUACGAGUCAAGAACAAAAAGCUCCGGCCACUUCUCAACCGAGUACAUCUUCCCAACUUCCUCCGCGAAAGGUGCCAAAAGAAAGUCUCAAUCCUCGCAUGCUUCCCAAAGCUCCAGCAACUCAUGCGGUCCGGUCGGCCAUUCUGACCAAGCUGCAUUCCGGCAUGUCAGCACUCAAUGAGAAACUUGCCAAGGACAAGGGCAGUUCAAACAAAUGCUUCGUCCUCAACAAAGAUGAGCUUGUGACAAUGGCCCUGGAUGAGGAGGAAAAGGUAGCCAAAGAUAACCCAGGGGUUUACUCCAAUAUCAUCAAACUUCGGAUCGUAAAAUUGACGAAGAUGGGAUUGGAAGAAUGGGCUCAGGAGGUAAUGGCUCAUCUGAAUUCCCGGUACUACAAGAUCCAACCUGUCCAACCCAAUACGCAAAAGCUAUUGAAGCCUAUCACUACGGGUCUCUCAAUGAAGGAAGAAACAGCUCUUGCAGUUGCACUUGUCACACCAGUGACCGGUCUUGAGGAGUUUGGCUAUGUCACUAAGGCACCCACCCAAACGGAGGUUGAAACUGCCAAGAGGGGCGUCAUCGAGUCUAAGGGCUGGGAAAAGUGUGAUCGGUGCGGUGGACGCUUUCAAGUAUUCCCAGGCCGCCGCGAGGAUGGAGCAUUGGCCAGCGGCGGUCAGUGCACAUAUCAUCCAAGUCGACCUAUGUAUUCGACGCGCAAAAAAACAGACAACGUCACUGGCUCCCAAGAGGCAUACUUUCCAUGCUGCACUGAGCCUGUAGGUGCGUCGUCAGGCUGCACCAAGGCCAAAACUCAUGUUUUCAAAGUGUCAGAAGUAAAGCGCCUUGCGUCAAUUCUCCAGUUUGAAGAAACACCCGCACAACCAAAUAAAGGACCCCUAGAUCCUGUUUCUUUCGACUGCGAAAUGGGUUACACGACUUUGGGUUUAGAGCUCAUUCGUCUGACUGCUGUCACCUGGCCGCAGGGUCGUGAUAUCUUGGACAUCUUGGUCAAGCCUAUGGGUGAGGUGCUGGACCUCAACUCACGCUAUUCGGGUGUCUUCCCUGAGCAUUUUGCGUCUGCCAUUCCUUAUGGCACUGCGAAUGCCAAACAAGAAAAUAAUGGGAAAGACACCAAACCUCUGGAGGUAGUUGAUUCCCCUGCUGCGGCGCGAUCCCUUCUGUUCACAUUUCUACAACCUGAUACACCUUUGAUUGGCCAUGCAAUCGAUAAUGACCUCAAUGUUUGUCGAAUCAUUCAUCCUGUCAUCAUUGACACCGUGAUUCUCUACCCUCACCCAAGAGGCCGGCUGCCCAGUCGCAUGAGUCUCAAGGCCCUGGCACAAAAGGUUCUCGACCGUAACAUUCAAAUGGGAGGAGAUCAGGGUCACGAUUCUAAGGAAGAUUCGAUUGCUACGGGUGACUUGGUGCGGGUGAAGGCAGGCGUUGUAUGGAAAAGAUUGGAGGCGAAAGGAUGGAAGUUCCAAAAUAACAAUCUAGUUGCUCCUCCUGGACAAAAAGUUCAGGAUGUGAGAGAAGCAGCACAGGGAGGCGGUGGUCCCAAAAGGAAUAACCCAGGCACCACAUAG